AUGGGUUUACUUGGUAUGCUCAGGAAAUUAAAGCUCAAGGAAAAAGAAAUGAGAAUUCUUUUCCUUGGUCUUGAUAAUGCAGGAAAAUCUUCAGUAAUUAAAGCAUUUCUCGGAGAAUCAAUCGAUGAAUUAUCACCAACACUUGGAUUUGAAAUCAGAACAAUUGAAACACAAGGAUAUCGUAUUAAUUGUUGGGAUGUUGGAGGUCAAACAACAAUUCGCGCAUAUUGGAGAAAUUAUUUCGAAACUACAGACGGAAUAGUUUGGGUUGUUGAUUCAACUGAUAGAAAUAGAAUACCUGAUUGCAAGAAGGAACUUGAUUCUGUUUUACAGCAAGAAAGACUUGCUGGUGCAUCUUUACUUAUUUUUGCUAAUAAGCAAGAUAUUAAUGGAGCCAUGAAACCAGAGGAAAUAGCUCAGCUCCUUGAUCUUAACGCAAUUAACAAGAGACAUUGGUCAAUUCAAAAAUGCAGUGCAAAAUCAAGAGAAGGCAUUGAAAAUGGCUUCAAUUGGAUCAUAGAAGAUAUUGGUUCUAGACUCUUUACUCAUCCAUAA